AUUAUUACGCCCCUCUCUCUCUCUCUCUCACACCCCUCUUUCUCUCUCACACACACACAUAAACACACUCAAUGCAAGAAAGGAAACAAUAUAAACAAAAAAAAAUUGCCGUUAUUUUAGUGUCGGCAAAUACCCGUUGCACAGAAAAUUACGGGAGUGAUUAAUGCUUCCUAAUUCUUGAAAUUAAACCGAUUUUACCCUACUCUCGCAAGCUUGCUUGUUUCCUAUUAUAAUUGUCUUGAAAGAUUUUUAUUUUUUUUUUUAAUUUUAAAUGCUUUCAUUUUGCAACUCGAUAUAUAUGGUUUAAAUAUGAGAUAGAUAGACGAGGAGGUCUUUUUCUUAUUCUGUGCUGUCCUUUUCAUUUACCAUUCAUUUUCAUUUUUUUUCUUGUUAUAAUUUUUUAAGAAAUUGUUUCCUCUCCUUAAUUGCCACUCAUCAUCAUUCAAUCAGUCCCCUUUUACUCUAUUCUUGUUUUUCUUCCCUCUUCUAAGUUUUUUGUGAAGUCAAACAUUUACAGAAGGGGUGGAUUUUUGAUGAGAAAUUGAAGAAGAAGAAGAAGAAGAAGAAGAAGACAUGAAGAGGCUAGUAGUUCUUCUUUUGCUCGUGGCGUUGAGCAAUGCUGCAGAGUACAAUGGGGUAUGCAAGUCCGAUUGGCCAUUGACCCCUCGGCCUCACAGUGUGUCCGUCUCAGAAUUUGGGGCAGUGGGAGAUGGGAAGACAUUAAAUACCGUAGCAUUUCAGAAUGCGAUUUUCUAUCUCAAGUCGUUUGCAGAUAAGGGCGGUGCUCAGCUCUAUGUUCCAGCAGGCAAGUGGCUCACCGGGUGCAUCACUCUUACCAGCCGCCUCACACUUUUCCUUGAAAAAGACGCUGUGAUUCUCGGUUCUCAGGAUGUUCUGCACUGGGAUGUAGUCGAUCCAUUACCUUCUUAUGGCCGAGGCCUUGAGGUGCCCGGUCGAAGAUAUCGGAGCUUGAUCAACGGGCAAAAUUUAACCGAUGUUGUUGUCACAGGAAAUAAUGGAACUAUUGAUGGACAGGGUUCUAUUUGGUGGGAACAAUUUAGGAAUCAUUCUUUAAAUUACAGCAGACCGCAUCUAGUCGAAUUUAUGUGGUCGAACAACAUUGUUGUGUCGAACUUAACCUUCUUAAAUGCACCUGCAUGGAACAUACACCCGGCUUAUUGCAGCAAAUUGCUUGUCCAGAACAUAACGGCUUAUGCUCCGCCCGACUCUCCCCACACUAGUGGAAUUGUCCCAGAUUCGUCGGAGUAUGUUUGCAUCGAGAACAGCAACAUCAGCACGGGGUAUGAUGCGGUGGUGCUGAAAAGUGGUUGGGACGAAUACGGGCUUAGCUACAGCAAACCAACUUCCAAGGUCCACGUAAGAAAGACGCGGUUACAAUCUUCUUCCGGUUCCGGACUCGCGUUCGGUAGUGAGAUGUCCGGCGGGAUCUCGGACGUACUGGCGGAGCACCUUCACGUGCACAACUCGGUGAACGGCAUCGAGCUGAAGACAGGGAAAGGGAGAGGCGCUUACAUCAAAGACAUAUUCCUGACGGACGUGUACUUGGAAAACGUGCAGCGAGGAAUCAAGGCAACAGGUCAGUUCACAAACCACCCUGAUGAUGGAUAUGACCCCAAUGCCCUCCCAAUUGUCACUGGCAUUACCUUUAGAGACAUUGUUGGUGUAAAUAUCAGUACGGCCGGGGUAUUUUCCGGUAUAGACGAGUCCCCCUUCACAUCUAUAUGCCUCUCCAACGUCUCCCUCCCCGCCUCGUACGACACAUCCACGUCUUGGAUAUGUGCCUAUGUCGAGGGCUCGUCUGUAAAUGUGUCGCCUGAGCCCUGCCCGGAGCUCCAAAUCUCGUCGUCUGGCCCGUCCUCUGAUUGUUUCGCCUUCUUGAAUCCAAACAGCCAAGUUGCAGCCUUGUGAAACUCUCCCAUAAUCAGUUCUUAGUCAUUCAUUCAUUGAUCCGUGCAACGGCAGGCAGGCAGGCGGCGAAUUGCGUCUCGCCGCAUUCGAUUAUGUGUACAGUGUCAGUUCUUCUUUCAUUCAUGUGUAAGAAAAGUUUUGGUAGUGCAGGAGGACUGUCAAAUGUUUGUUGCCUUAAAAUUCAUUUCCAUGUUAUUUAUUUGCUCAUUUUUCAUUCACAUCAAUAUUGUACAUUCUUCAACUGGAGAUUUGUGGGAUUGCAAUUGCAUUGAUUAUAGGAAAUAAGGGUUUCAUGAUGGAAAUAAAAUUUCACGUUUUCGUCUA